GUUACAUUACAGCGGGAAAAAGAUAUACACAAUUGUCUUACAAAUUGCGGAGCCGGCAGUAAAAUACAGUAGAAGAGAAGAAGAAAACAAGAAAAACAAGUGUAAAGAGUUCAUUAGAUCUGUUUUUUCUGCUCUGAAAUACGAUCAACGAACCAACGGUAAUCGCCAUGGCCAUGGCCAUGAGCUCUAGGGUUUUAGCUCUAUUCUUCUUCCUACUAUCAUGCUCAUACCUCGGUUUAUCUCUCUACGAAGACCAAGUCGGUCUCAUGGACUGGCAUCAGCGGUACAUAGGAAAAGUGAAGCACGCUGUGUUCCAUACUCAAAAGGCGGGGCGGAAGCGCGUUGUUGUAUCCACCGAGGAGAACGUCAUCGCUUCCCUCGAUCUUCGUCACGGCGAGAUUUUUUGGAGGCAUGUUUUGGGGGCGAAUGAUUCCAUCGAUGAAAUCGACAUUGCUCUUGGAAAGUAUGUCAUUACCCUGUCAUCUGAUGGAAAAAUUGCAAGGGCUUGGAACCUUGCUGAUGGGCAGAUGGUAUGGGAAUCGUUUCUCCCGGGAUCUUUGCCCUCAAAGUCUAUACUAUUCAUCCCAACAAAUCUAAAAAUUGGCAAGGAGGACUUUAUCCUUGUGUAUAGUAGUGGGAUUCUUUAUGCUGUUUCAAGUGUUGACGGUGAACCAUUCUGGAAAAGGGACUUAGUGUCUGAAGGCUUUGAUGCUCGGCAGUUAGUUUAUCCUCGUGGAAGAAACGUAAUUCAAGUUCUAGGGUUUAGUAGUGAUACUCAGUUUGGAGUUGUUGAAGUUAAUGUCAAUAGUGGGGAACUGCUGAAGCAUGAUAAGUUUGCUUUCCCUAGUGGCUUUAGUGGGGAUAUCUCAUUCCUGAGUAGUGACACUGCUGUGGCCCUUGAUUCCUCUAGAGAGGGUUUGGUGUCCAUUCGCUUCUCCGAUGGAGUUAUUAGUUUCCAGCAAGCACAAAUUUCAGACCUUGUCCAGGAUUUCUCUGGAGUUGCUGCUAUAUUACCUUAUAAGCUUGUGGAAAAGGUUGCAGUUAAAACGAAGAAGUCUGUUGUAUUCUUGGAAGUGACGAACAAAGGCUCGUUUGUCAUAGUUGAUAACGUUGAUGUUACUGCUGUUUUGAGCGAUUCUCUGCCACUCUCCGAAGGGCAGCAAGCUAUUGGUCUAAUGCAGCAUGAAGAUGGUAAUAUUCAACUUACGGUGAAGCUUUCCAGUGACUGGAGUAGUAGUUUAAUAAAGGAGAACAUUAGGAUUGACAGUCACCGAGGGAAAGUGCAGAAGCUUUUUCUGAACAAUUACAUCCGAACAGAUAGAUCUUCAGGAUUCAGAGCAUUGGUUGUCAUGGAAGACCAUUCUCUGCUGCUACUCCAACAAGGGGAAAUUGUCUGGAGUAGAGAAGAUGGAUUGGCUUCAAUACUCGAAGUCACAACUUCAGAAUUACCAGUAGAGAAGGAUGGUGUGUCUGUUGCAAAAGUGGAGCACAGCCUUUUUGAAUGGCUGAAGGGGCAUCUGCUGAAGCUUAAAGGAACACUUAUGCUUGCUACACCCGAUGACAUUGGAGCAAUACAAAAACUCAGGCUGCAAAGUUCUGAGAAGAAUAAAAUGACUCGAGACCACAAUGGUUUCAGAAAAUUGAUCAUAGUACUUACUCGAGCUGGGAAACUUUUCGCUCUGCACACAGGAGAUGGACGGAUUGUCUGGUCAGUCUUGUUGAGUUCCCUUCGUGAGUCAGAAACAUGUAAAGCCCCGAGAGUGCUUAACUUGCUCCAAUGGCAAGUUCCUCAUCAUCAUGCACUAGAUGAGAACCCAUCAAUAGUUGUUUUUGGUAGAUGUGGAUCUACUCUUGAUGCCCCUGGCGUGUACACCACUGUCGAUGCUUAUACUGGCAGGGAGCUUAGUUCACUUGGACCUUUUCACUCAAUUGCUCAAAUUAUCCCACUGCCAUACACUGACUCAAAAGAGCAGCGUCUGCAUCUAGUCAUGGACACUGAAUGGCGAGCUCAUUUAUACCCCAGAACUACCGAGGCUCUUACUAUUUUUCAUCGUGAGCUUGGAAACACUUAUUGGUAUUCUGUAGAAGCUGAUAAUGGAAUUUUGCGGGGCCAUGCAGCAAAGGGAAAUUGUGUUCUUCAGGUCUCAGAUGAAUAUUGUUUUGACACGAGAAACUUAUGGUCAAUAGUAUUCCCACCAGAAUCAGAAAAGAUAAUUGCGACUACAAACCGGAGGUUGAAUGAGGUAGUUCACACUCAAGCAAAAGUGGUAGCAGAUCAAGAUGUGAUGUAUAAAUAUAUAUCAAAAAAUUUGAUAUUUGUUGCAACUACUACUCCAAAAGCUGUUGGAGGUAUUGGUUCUGUCACCCCCGAUGAGUCAAAGCUUGUUGUUCAUCUUGUUGAUACCAUUACUGGUCGUAUAUUGCACCGCAUGACUCACCAUGGUUCGCAGGGGCCCGUCCAUGCUGUCUUUAGUGAGAACUGGGUUGUUUACCACUACUUUAACCUUAGAGCUCACAGAUAUGAGAUGUCUGUCAUUGAAAUUUAUGAUCAGUCUAGAGCGGAUAACAAAGAUGUUCUGAAAUUGGUCCUUGGAAAGCACAAUCUUACAUCGCCUAUUUCUUCUUAUUCCCGCCCUGAAGUUGUAACCAAGCAGCAAUCCUACUUUUUCUCCCACUCUGUGAAGGCAAUAGCUGCCACAUCCACAGCUAAAGGCAUCACAUCCAAACAGCUUCUUAUUGGCACCAUCAGUGAUCAGGUUUUGGCCCUUGAUAAGCGAUUCUUGGAUCCACGGAGAACACUGAACCCCACACAGGCUGAGAAAGAGGAAGGCAUUAUACCGCUUACUGAUUCAUUGCCAAUAAUUCCACAGGUAGCAUUCCUUUGUCUACUUGUACUGUUGUUAGCUUCUUGAUUAUGAUUUCCCUUUAGAUUGUCAACUGUAUUUACUAGUACCAGCACCCCUUUUAUUGCAUUAAUCUGAAUUACCCCCCACCCUGAAAUAGCCAACAUCAUUGAAAGGGGGUGAAAGAGUUUUGCCUGUUACCUCAAAGAUGUAUGUGUUUACCAGACUGUAGUUCUUCUUAUAUAUGUAGCUCACUUCCAUUGUCCAUUUCAUGUGGGUGGAUUUAUCCGUGGAAAUGAAGACCUUGUUAGUUUUCCCUGAUUGUGUGAACUUAUAGUGUUGAUCAUGAUUUCGUCUUUUGAGUUGAGCUUCUUGUCAUUCAUGCAGUCCUAUGUCACACAUGCCUAUAAAGUGGAAGGUCUUAGGGGCAUAGUGACAAUACCUGCGAAACUGGAAUCCACCACUCUGGUCUUUGUUCAUGGAGUUGACCUCUUUUUUACAAGGCUUGCACCCUCGAAAACCUAUGAUUCUCUUACUGAAGAUUUCAGUUAUGCUCUGCUGCUGCUCACUAUUGUUGCUCUAGUAAUGGCUAUUUUCGUUACAUGGAUUUUGUCUGAGAGAAAAGAGUUGCAGGAGAAGUGGAGAUGAGAGCUGUAGUUGGUUGUUUUCAGCUAUUUAUUUUCUUAGAUUUCUUUUUUUCCCCAAAUGCUGUAAGCUUAUAUUUCUUUUUGAUUGUUUAGGUUAGGAUCUACACGGAUAUGUAAUGUAGUUGAUUUUGACUUUGUAGCAUGUUAACCUGUUGUAUGUUUCACAUAUUUUGGAAGUGAAUAUCAUCAUUUCCUAUUUGUUGUACAUUCCAGAAGAGAUGCUGAGACAAAAUACUAAUAUGAUUGUCGUUAUUUAUCUGCA